CACAUGUUUCAUCAUGGCGGCCCCCGCUGAAAAGAUGGUCGGUGUGUCAGACUCCAGCAGCAGCGACGACGAACAGCUCAGGAGAUGUCAGGAGGCAGUUUGGGAGACAAAAACUAACAAGAACAAAGAUGCAGACAGCAGCGUGAAAGAGUCAAAGCGUGUUGUCGUCGCUGACCAUGAACACGAUGGCAAUGAGCUCCAGGUCACCAAAGGGUUUCAAACACAUGUUGCCAAAAAGUUGGGACAUUUUCUUGACAGUUGCAUUUCAGAGAUGAAGCCUGAAACUUCAUCAUGUGUGGAAUCAGCAAGAUCUCAUGAUGAUGAUGAUGAAGGAUUUCGUCUGUUUUCAACUUCAGUCCCAGGACAGAAAGCCGAUGAUCCUCCAGCCCCCGUCAGGCGUCGACCAGUUCCAAGCUCAAGUGAUAGUGACAGUGAGAUGGAAGCAAGGCUGAAGGAGGCAGCGGUUUCUGUCAGAGAUCUCUUACCCUCAUCGACGCUGCCCUCCACGCUGUCACCUCCGUCGACGAAGCCUCCCUGCUCGGAAAAAAUAAAGAAGAAGAAGAAAAAGAAGAGAGUGGCGGUGGAAGAGGAAAGCCACACUGUUAAGAAAAAGAAAAAGAGGAAAGAGAAUGAAGAAGAGAGUGAACAGGUGGACUCUAAUGCUCAAAGCAACGGUGAGCUCGAGAACUCAGAGCAGGAACACACACAAAUCAAAGUAAAACGGAAAAACAAAAAGAGGCGAGAAGGAAACGUAGAGGAAAAAGCUGUGAACUGACUUUUUACAACUAACGUUUCACUGUUUUGGGAUGUUCCAUUCUGCUAUUGCGCGUUUAAAUGAUGGAAUGGUGUGAUAUUUUAGGAAUUCUCUUUCGCUCAUUUCGGUUAUUUUUGUAAUAGUCUUUACUUUGUUAUGAAAAAUCUUCAUAGAAGUCUGAUAAAAAGCAUUUAAGGCAGUGAGUUCAAAAAUAAUGCCGUUAACAUGCUGUUGAAAAGUUUCAAUUCAGUUUAAAUUUUUGUAAUACUACAAAACAUUUUAAUAAAAAAUACAUAUUGGUGUUGA